GCACGACUCAUUUGCAACAUACUUUCCUUGCCACUCUCUUUUCCUGCUCCUGUGCAGUGUCAUUCUUUAACUCUACAUAUUCUAUAUACUUUCUUUUGUUGAUAUAUAUCUUACCGGUUUGUUCCUUCAUUCAUUCUCUUUUUUUCAACAUCUCGAGCCUCAAUCCAAAGGUUGUUUCGACAAGGCUCGACACCAUGAAGAUGCACCUGUCCAACGUCCUCCCCUUUUUGCUGGCGGCUGCACCGGCUGCCGUCUCUGCCCGGGGUACCCUGGGGUUCUCGUUGGGUGACAAGAACCCAGACGGGACCUGCAAGUCAACCAGCGACUACGAGGCCGACUUUGACGUCUUGAAGCCGCUUUCCACCCUUGUGCGGACAUACUCUGCCAGCGAAUGCUAUACGGCGCAGAACAUCAUCCCAGCGGCAAAGGCCAAGGGCUUCAAGGUCGUUUUAGCUGUCUGGCCGGAUACGGAUGAAUCGUUCAACAAGGAUAUCGAUGCCCUCAAGGCUAGCGUUCCUGGAAACGAAGAUGUCAUUGAGGCCAUCACUGUCGGCUCCGAAGCUCUCUACCGUGGCAACCUUAACGGCGAGCAGCUUCUCAGCAAGAUCCAGCAGACCCAGAAGAUCUUCCCCAAAGUCACCAUUGGAACCGCAGACAGCUGGAACAAGUUCGCGGACGGUACUGCCGACCCGAUCAUCCAGGGAGGUGUUACGUACCUGCUCGCAAACGGAUUUGCCUACUGGCAGGGCAAGGCUGUCGACGAUUCUUAUUCCACCUACUUUGACGAUAUGGCCCAGACUAUUGCUCAUGUUCAGCAAAUCGCUGGUGACAACGCCGCCAAUAUUCGUGUUAUCAACGGCGAAACUGGAUGGCCCACUGAUGGUGGCACUGACUACUCUGUUGCCAAGGCUGGCACUGCGAAUGCAGAGAAGUACUACCAGAAUGGUGUUUGCGGUCUGCUUGCUUGGGGCGUCGACGUCUUCUAUUUCGAGGCUUUCGACGAGGCGUGGAAGCCCAACAGCGUUGGUGACAACGGCCAAGCCAUGGAUGAGAAGCACUGGGGUAUGUUCACGGCAGACCGCCAGCCCAAGUUCAACAUGACCUGCCCAAAUUAAACCUGAGCAAAUGCUCCUCUCGCUGUGAGAAUGUGGACUGUGGAGGGAGGGCUCCACGGGCUCUGUGCCUAUCCCCCACUCUGUAUAAUAUAACUCACUUUUGCUUUCCGGGCUACGUGUAGUCAGAGACAAUUGGUGAUUGUUGUGAGCUGCCUGGCAUAUAUAGCGUAUAUAUAGAGAACAGAACACGGAGUAUAUUUCCC